UGCUGGCCUCUAAAUAGCAGCCAUGCUGCCCUGCAGCGCAGUGUCCUCACGGGCCGGCGACGGAAGGACAGCGGUCAGGAAGUCCCCUCGCCCAGCGUGCUCAGGCCUCCCCCUGUCCAGGAGUCAAUGUCCUGCUGGUGCCCACGAUGAGGGACCUGGCUCUCACGGGUGUGCUGCUCAGCCUGGCCUUCCUGUGGCUGCCACUGCCCGCGCGUCCCCAGCCGGCCAUGGAUGACGCCUGCUCUGUGCAGAUCCUUGUUCCCGGCCUCAAAGGGGACGCGGGGGAGAAGGGGGACAAAGGAGCCCCAGGCCGGCCUGGAAGAGUGGGUCCUACGGGAGAGAAAGGAGACAUGGGGGACAAAGGACAGAAAGGCAGUGUGGGUCGCCAUGGGAAAGUUGGUCCAAUCGGUGCCAAAGGUGACAAAGGUGAGGUGGGGGACACAGGACCGCCUGGCCCUCAUGGAGAACCAGGUCUCCCAUGCGAGUGCAGCCAGCUCAGGAAGGCCAUCGGUGAGAUGGAUAACCAGGUCACCCAGCUGACCACCGAGUUAAAGUUCAUCAAAAACGCCCUGCCCUCCCCCGCAGCUGUCGCCGGCGUGCGCGAGACGGACAGCAAGAUCUACCUGCUGGUGAAGGAGGAGAAGCGCUACGCCGACGCCCAGCUGUCGUGCCAGGGCCGCGGGGGCACGCUGGGUAUGCCCAAGGACGAGGCGGCCAACGGGCUGAUGGCCGCCUACCUGGCGCAGGCCGGCCUGGCGCGCGUCUUCAUCGGCAUCAACGACCUGGAGCGCGAGGGCGCCUUCGUGUACUCCGACCGCUCCCCCAUGCAGACCUUCAGCAAGUGGCGCAGCGGGGAGCCCAACAAUGCCUACGACGAGGAGGACUGCGUGGAGAUGGUGGCCUCCGGCGGCUGGAACGACGUGGCCUGCCACAUUACCAUGUACUUCAUGUGCGAGUUCGACAAGGAGGGCGUGUGAGCCCGGGACGCGGGUCCCGCCAGCCCCACCCCAGGGCAGACCUGCCAGGGCUCGGCCCGAACCCCCCAGAAUGCAGAGUCCCUAAGAAGGGAGACAGCCUUUACCGGGGGCUAUUUCUGGAGAAGUAGAGCCUUAUUACCUGUCUUAUAGCAAAAUGCUCACCAGGGAACUGUUGUUCGGGAUUGUCUUUCCGUACAUCUGUUGCCGGGGUCCAACCCUGAAACAGCGUCUUUCAGCGCUGCAGCAGCUCCGUGUGAACAGCGGCGCCUCCGGGGCCGGGAAUCACUGCGCACCUCUUAAUUUCUAUAUGGGAGAGGGCUGUGUGCCUAUAAAUUAUACCGAAGCAUAGGUUCCUUUUCACUAGUACGCAAGCAGAACAGGAUUUGCUUUGCUUCAAACCAAGGCUUCAAGAAUACAAAAAUAAAUUCUCUAAACUUCACUCUG